AUGGCAGCAGUCCGUUCCCGAGCGCAGCAGAUAGGAUCUCAACAAUGGAUCAAUGAUGAAAAUGAUCAGGUCACUCAAUUUUGUACCCAAGAAGCAGAAGACUUCACGUUCUCAGCUCGCAAUGAGGUCGAAUGGCUCAACGAGCAUAUGGCGGAGAUUUUCAGCAAGAAUGAAGUAAACGUUACGGAGAUCUUCAAAACUCCGGGCAAAUUACGCGGCAAGACUCCACGAACAGCGAGGAAGCGAAAUCCGUUGGAGGUUCGAGAGCCUUUGACUGACAUUUUCCUGACCAACGCGCAGCGGGCUAACAACCCUUCUCAUCAGGCCAGCCCCACGAGGGCUGCUCCUACAUUCCAAGUUGCUGAAGAACCCAUCAUACUUGUCGAAAUUGAGAAGGAAACGAAGGCGAACGCAGACUCGGGCUAUCAUGGACUUCCAGAAGAUGACAUGGAUACUGAUCAGGGUUUGGCAGUAGUGCCAUCAUCAGCUGAGACCCACGAUACGCUGGAAGAGUUCCCUCCAAAGUCACCCUUGCGAGGACAUCCAAACGUGGCAAACCAGUCGGAGCGUCACAGCACCACGGAGAGGUCCUUUCAUUCAGCGAAAGAGGAAAUUUCAAAGGUUGAUGUCACCAUCGCAAGCCCACAAAAGAAUGAACCUCCAGUUGCAGACGUCGAAGAUCCCGCGGAACCUACCAAAGCACCUUCGCCUGGACUCGCGCCUGUUCCAGACCAUGUCUCAGAUGAUGUGAUGGAAACUGAUAAUUUGGACAAAGAUCUGGAUGAGGAUCUCGUUGUGGAUGAGUCGCGGUCGCCAUCUCAAGGAUCGAGCCCUGCUAGACCUCUCGUCCGCAAGAGUAGCCUCACUUUCGCGGCUUUGCCCGCGCGUGAACCCUUGACAACGAAAAAAAGCAUAGGGGCAAGGGCUUCUGGAACUAGCCACUUGGACCAGUCAAAGACGCGUGGUAGCUUCCUUGGGAGAUUCACUGGUGGGAAAUCUCUCGGCGGCUCAAGGCAGCCCGAGCCUGAUCAUGAAGAUGAGAUCAACGAUGACAUGGAUGUUGAUAAGGAGAAGCCGGCACUCAAUCGCGAAGAGUCGGAUGGAGAGUCUAAGAUGGCUCAGCUCCACAACAAAUCCUCUACACAGCGGCUCCACGAUAGAAUCAACAUGCUCGGAAAGUCACAACCUGCUCGACCAACGAAAUCAAUCCCCGCAGCAGCAGCUGUGACAACUCUCAACUACCCAGAGCUACCAAACCCAGAGCCACAAACAGAGAUGGUUCAGCAGACUUCGUUUCUCCCUUUGAAGACAGUGACUGCCCCAGUAUCUAACGAUGAAGAUGACGAUGACUGGAUCCAGCCACCUCAGGUACAGCCAAGUGCUUUGAACCGACCCCAGCUAUCCAAAAGUAUUUCCGUAGAUGUCAUGGAGGACAUCAGGGGAAAACAAACUAUUGGUGGCCAAGAUUUUGGUCAUAGUCGAAAUGAUGAGCCAGCUACAAAAGCGCCGUCUCCGUUACGCCAUGCUCAGGCGCAGAGAACUCGAAGUAGUGGACAAUGGCUCUCGAGGGCAGCCACGGUUUCCCAAUCUACACCCCUAGCGGAAGCUACUGAAGGGGCUGCUACAAAAGCUGUACGUGCAACCACAGCAUCGGGAUGGAAUGGUUCAACGCCUACAGACCAGUCAACGACUCCGCUUGGCAGCCCAUCUUCGAGACGGUAUGUUGAUGGACCCUUGAGCGCUUCCAAGUCGAAAUUGCAAUCAAUCAUGAAGACUGCUCGAGGCUUAUUCUCAAGUAGUGCCGGUGUGUCCGCGCAAGCUAGGAUGGAGACCCUUUCGCCCCUUUCGACACGCACUCACGGCGUUACACACGCGCCAUCAUUCAGUAAUGUUUUGAGAAGCAAGUCUCCGAAAGGCUGUUUGAACAACUCAGUGAGUAACACCGAUGUUCGGAAGACUCGAAGCUCCACGGAGAAGGAGGAAAGAAGGAAGGAGUCAGAAGCAAGGGAACGCCGACGAACUGAAGAAGAGCUUGAAAAAGCCAGAGAAAAUGAGGGUCCAGAACUUGUGACGCAGAAGCUUGUGCAGCCGCAAGGCCCUCAGGUAGAAGCGAAGACCAAGCCAACAAGGCAGAGCCCAAGGAAAACGCAAACUCACGAAAGUCCUAAAGCCCAACCGGAUGUUGUUGAGGACGACUUACCAUCUCAACUAAUGGGUCCACCAGCGUCGCAUGCCCCAACGCAACAGUCACAGUUGCAAAAGCCCAGCAAUGUGAGAAGACCCAUUAAGCCUGCCAAAGAGACAGCUCCCAAGCCAAAGCCACAACCUGUGGCUAUUCGUGUUGGCACGCUCUCGCAGAGGAUCCCGCUUAGUAACGCCGCGCUCUCAUCAAGUCUGCAGGAGUCCUUGCCCCAAUCACAGCCAAAGCAGCCAGCAGUCGGGAGGAUGCCUAGCAACGCUUCACUUCAGACCUCAGCUUCUAACAGUAGCCUCAAGAGCUCUGCGACAUCCGCGGCACCUAAGCCCAAAGCUCUACUCGCAGCAGAGCGGAAGAAAGAACAGGAUGAGAGGGAGGCACAACGCAAGCUUGAUCAGAAACGUGAAAUAGAACGUAAAAGGGCUGUUCAGCAAGAGGAAGCGAGACGACAAGAGCAGCAACAACGUGAGGAAGCAGAGAGGCAGCGUGAACGAGAGCGUGCUGCGGCUGCUGAGGACCCUAAGAAAAUCGCACAGAAGCAAGCAAUUGAGAAGAGAAGGAUGGAGCUGAACAAGAAAGAGCAACAGCAACGGGUGCCGCAGAGGCCUGCAAUGGAUCAGGCACCUAUCUCACAGUACGCACAUGCUACCUCGGCAAAUCGUCCGGAUAUGGGUGGCGCCAGGCCUCCAUCAAGGCUGCAUAACGCGCCGCCUCAUCCAAGCUUUCCUAAUGCUCAUCCUCAGAAUCCAGCGAAACCAGCCAACAAACGAGUCUUCAACCCUGACACCGAUGACGAGCCUCCUCGACAGGUUCGCCCGCAAGGUGGUCCUUCAUAUCAACAAAACGACGGUAAACGGCGGAGGACAGAAGACGAAGAAUUGCAGGAAAUCAGAGUUCGACCGACAAUGGCGCCUCCCAUCCGCCAAUCAGGGAUUCGCAAGGAUGGUCAUAAGGCGUCAAUAUUCGGCAGCAAUUACACAACAGCACCACCGCCUGCGCCUCACCAUCAUAAUGCACCAUCUCUGCUCAAGACGACCACAGCAAGCCAAGCGUACCAACAGCACGCCCAUCAAAACCAAAUGUCACGACCAGGCCACCAUCCUGACAUAGCCAAAUACACCAACGGCAAAAUCCCCUUCGCCGAGGCCCCCAACCCCCCACAAGCAAAUCACAAGACCCCACUUCCCUCCAAACUCGCUCCCCCACCAGCCAAAGCCUCCCCUCAUUAUCAGAAUGGUGAGAACAUCCAUCUCGACGACAUUCCCACGGAAAGCGAAGAAUCAGACUCGGAGGACGAAGCCGAAAAGGCGAAGAAGGGCGCGAACCUUCCCGAGUGGGCCCAGUCACCCCAAUUGCGCCAACUCCUAAUGACACAAGAUGAGAAUAUGGACGCGGAUGCCGUCUUUGGGCCCGUGGCGAGUCCGCAUAUGGAGGAGAUGUUCAAAGAGAGGCAUCAUCGGUUCAGGUCAAGGACGAGUAGCGCCAAUUGGGCGGGCGCUGAUCGGUUAACAGAGGAGGAGAUCAGAAGGGAUGUGGAGGCGAGGCAGAGGUUGAGGAGGGAGGGCGGGUGGACUUUUGGACUGUGA